AAGAAAGAGGAGGGUUGUACUUAGCGCAAAGGGAGGGGGUUAUUUGGUUUCUGCACGUAGAACCUCAACAAUUUUCUUCACCAAAUCUUCCUUCUUUCCCAACCCCGCAACUGUGUUGCCCACAAGACCUCCUUCUCACUGAGUUAUCAGGUAACAUUGAGGCAAGAGUAGCAGCCCAAGGGGUUAGUAUCAGACAUGAGCCGCUUUGCUCUGAGUGCUAUCGCCCAGAAACUGCACUUCUCCAGUGAGGAGGAGGAGGAGGAGGAAGAGGAGGAGGUGGUCGUGGCUGAGGCUAAGGUUAAGCUGUCUGACUUCCUUCGAGUCCAAGAAGAAGCAGCUACAGUCCCCUCGGCCUCCAGGAGAGCGUGUGUCUCCCCCUUCAGCCGCUUCCCAGUGGGGACCGAAGUGGCUCCUCUGUCCGGCGAAGGGAGGCGAACACGGGGCGCCAGGAGCCGCCUGCCCGGGAGAAGUGAGUGUCCUGGGACCCCCAUCGACUGUAUGAACUGGAGGAAGCUGCGGCUCUGUGACACUCCUUACACCCCCAAGAGCCUCUUCUCCAAGGCUGGUCAGCUCUCGGCUGCCACCAAAGGUCCCGUCUCCAGGAUUCGCCGGCCGCUGGGGUUUUCUGAUGGUCCUGAGCAUCUCCGGGUCCCUUCGGUGAAUGUAAACCCGUUCACCCCCACGUUGUACCACGAACUGGGCCUCACCCACAGUGCAAAGAGUCAGAAAUCUGGAAAGAGGAAGAAAAGGAUUGAAGAUCGAGGCAGGAAAGAUCUUCCAACUAGAGAUGGUGACAUCACUGAGGAAUUGCUGCAGUCUAAGCAAUUUAACCUCUGUGAGAGCAGCAUGGGCUCCCGUUAUGCCCUGGAGUUUUACGAGUUGGAGAAGAUUGGCUGUGGCGAGUUUGGGGCUGUCUUCAAAUGCGUGAAGAGACUCGAUGGCUGUCUAUACGCCAUCAAACGGCUGAAGAGACCUCUGUCUGGGUCUCUUGAUGAGCAGACUGCUCUCCGAGAGGUAUACGCUCAUGCAGUGCUGGGACAUCAUCCUCAUGUGGUGCGGUACUAUUCUGCCUGGGCAGAGGAUGAUCACAUGCUGAUACAGAAUGAGUACUGUAAUGGUGGCAGUCUGGCAGAUGCAUUGAUGGAGAACUUACAAGAAGGAAUCUUACUGGCUGAGGGGGAGCUGAAGGAGAUUCUACUGCAGGUGUCGAUGGGACUGAAGUAUAUUCACAGUUCCAGCUUGGUCCAUAUGGACAUCAAACCAAGUAACAUCUUCAUCUGUCGGAGAGUGACCCCUGAUGUGACAGGAUGUAUGGAAGAUGACAGUGAUGCUGAUGAAGAGGGAGCCUUGGUCACCAAUGUACUGUACAAAAUUGGUGACCUUGGCCACGUGACGUCAAUCAGCAAUCCACAGGUGGAAGAAGGAGACAGCCGUUUCCUGGCAAAUGAGGUUUUACAAGAGGACUAUUCCAAUUUGCCAAAAGCUGAUAUCUUCGCUUUGGGUCUCACCAUGGCAUUAGCAGCAGGAGCAGAGGAACUCCCUUCAAAUGACAUGGCCUGGCAUUACAUCAGGAAGGGCAACCUUCCCACAAUUCCUCAGCAACUGUCACAUGACUUUUUCAGCCUAUUGAAACUUAUGAUUCACCCAGAUCCUACAGAGAGACCAUCUUCCGCUGGACUGACAAGACAUCCUGUCCUUCGUCAGAAUUCUAGAAAGCUGGCCUCUCAGCUCCGGAAAGAGCUCAAUGUGGAGCGAUUCAGGACGGCUAUGUUGGAGAGGGAGUUGAUGAAGGCCAGACUCUCUCAGGGCUUCCCACAGGCUGACCCUAAAUCCCUGCAUCCAGUCAAGAAAUCUGUCCUUCCAGAGAGCAGGAGCCAAAGACUCGUGGGGGGUCGAAGUAGCCGCUCCAUUAGCUUCAACUGUGUUGGAUACUGAGGGCUACACAAAUGGAGACAGUGUAGAGGAGACUAGAGAAACCAGUUGUGUGGCUGUGCCAUGGUGUGCUGUUGGAUGUUGAAUAUGCUCAGUCUUCAGUAGAUGUUUCCAGUCAGUCUUCAUUGCCUCUGCUUUAGGCAGAGGGUUUAACAGUAAACCAGUAUCUUUUUUGUUUGUUAAACCAAGAUUGUCUACCUUUUUGGCUCCUAACUAUACACAACUACAAUGUGUAAUGGCAACUCUUGCUUUGAGUAUUUUAUAUUUGAAAUCCACCUCUACAAUCUGUAUGGGUUUUUAAUGUUUUGUUUCUGAACUCCAGAACUAGCUGCCUCCAUUUAGACUAAACCAUCGUACAGUUGCAGAUAUAUCUAAACAUAUUUUCAAGUUUGCUCUACUACAGUGUAAUUAACAUGUCUCUUGACUCCAAGAACACUCCUUGAAGGAUCUUGGUGUUGGGAAUGUUUAUGCUUCUGGAUUAUGUAUAUACUUGUGGUUGGAAGUGUCUUUGAAUAGACUUGUCCCUUUGGUUUUAAGGGUGUGUCAAGUCCUUACUGGUUGUGAGCCAUUUCCAGCCCCUGAACAGGGGUAAAUCUUUACAGAGAGGUGUGGUGGGUCUGAUCAGUUAUUUAGGAGAGCAGAAUCUAUCUUGUGUUGUGAAUAAAGGGGAAUGUCUCAAACUGCUGUAAAAUGGAGAUGAAAUAGCCUUUUAACUAUUUAAUUUUAAUGGAAAGUUCUGUGGAGAAUUCAACUUUAAUUAAAGUUUUAAUUUUGUCACCUUG